UCCCCCUGCCUCUGCCUCCCGAGUGCUGGGGUUAAAGGGGUGCUACUAUGGCCAGUGUCAGUAGUUGCUCUAAAUGAGAGGGGAAACGGGUGUGGGUGAGCUUCCCCGGAGCUCUGAAGUCGGCUGGAGAAGCCCAGCCUUUUUGUAUGGAUUUCCAGUCUUUAACACAGUUGACAUCAAGUACCUUUGUCCGUGGAACCAUUUCUCUACCCUCCUCCUGUUUUUGAUACGUGUGGCUGGCCUGGCACUUGCUAAAUCAGCCAGGCUAGCCUUGAACUUACAGCCACCUUCCUCCCUUGGUCUCCCUAGGGUUCGCCGUACAGGCUGGGCCAUGGUGCCCUGCUCACUUAUCCAUCCCUCUAAAGACACUUCGCUGUGUCUUUCGCUGUGUGCUCGGGAUAGAGAGGUGUGAGCCAAACAGGAAUUCCCAGCCCUACUAGGGGACCGACUUUCUCAGUUCCCGCUUUGUGACCUUCCUUAGCACUUAACCGUGAUGACUAAGUUUCUCUCCUGCUUUCAACACUGUUUCCUUGCGUUGGGCCUCUCCCUCCCUUGCUUCCACCUUCAGCUUCCCUAGCUGGUUCCCUCUCCUCUGGCAGUGCGUGUGGGUGCGUCUGUACUUUAGUGAGCUCACCCAGCCUUAUGGCUUUAAAUGCUUCCUUCAGCCAGCAGCCCUCUCAUUUACAUGCCAGGACCGCACUCAUCCCUAAGGCUCUGAACUCCAACUGGGGACAUCCACAUCUCCAGAGAGAUCUACCAGGACUUCCCUGGACCACAGUCUUUGGCCGGAUCCCUUCAGGUCCCAGCCCAGCAUGGCCCCUCCAGGCCACCUCCUGUUCCUGCUUCUGCUCCCAGUGGCUGCAAGUCAAACGCCAGCAGGUUCCUGCUCCGGAUGUGGGCCUCUGUCCCUGCCGCUCCUGGCAGGCCUGGUGGCUGCAGACGCGGUGCUGUCGCUCCUAAUCGUGGGGGCGGUGUUUGUGUGUAUGCGCUCACUCGGCAAGCCUGCCCAAGAAGAUGGCAGAGUCUACAUCAACAUGCCUGGCAGACGGUGACCUCAUCUUUGGCUUCUGACCUCUCACCCCGGAUCGCAUCGCGUAGGGGUGGCUGGGGACACGCUCCUUCGGAACUGGAAUAAAGCGAUACAAAUA